AUGGAAGGUGCACCAAGAGGACGCGGUGGAGGUCGUGGACGUGGCCGUGGGCGCGGUAGGGGAUUCAUCCCCGAAGAACUUGUUCCACAAGUAGCACCAAAUCGCACAGCUGAGGAAAAGUUUCGUAAGGAAAAACCCCCAACGUUUGAUGGGUUGGGCGAACCCACAGAUGCUGAGAAAUGGGAUAGAGCAAUAGAACGGAUCUUCAACUACAUCCGUUGUGAUGAUGAGGAUAAAGUGGCAUGCGCAACUUAUCAGUUGGUGGACGAAGCUGACUUUUGGUGGGAGUCAGUGAGGCGGACUAUGACUGACGAACAGUGGGAGAAUUUCACAUGGGAAGAGUUCAAGGCUGAAUUGUACGAGAAGUAUAUACCGGGAUGUUACCGACAGAAGAAACAGAACGAGUUUUGGAAUCUCAAGCAGAAAGCGGGAACUGUGACCGAGUAUGAUAGAGCCUUCAAUCAGCUAUCAAGAUAUGCUCCGACGUUGGUGGACAGCGAUGAGAAACGCGCAGAGAAGUUCAGAAACUGA